CUAGGUCCCUUCAUGAAUAACACAACAGUGUCACUGCCAGCAUCUGAGGAAGCUCUUGUUAGAUCCAGUCACAACCAUCUUGGCAAACAUUUCACCUUCAAACCAGACGUGGACUGUCCUCGAUAUCAGUCAGUGAUAGCCAAAGCAAUGAUGCCUCCUGAUAGACCACAAACCAAAGAAGCAGAGCCAAAGAAACAAAAAAUACUGCAUCUUCCAACAGACAACUUGAACAAAGCUUUGAGCAGCCUUGGUCUUUCUCUUGAGGAUCUAGAAUUACUCAGUCAUUGCCCAGACAACCAGUUAACAACAGAGAAUCUCCCCUUCAUUAUACAAAACAUUCAGCAGCGCAAAGGAACAAAGAAUGUUAAAUAUGGCCAUGCUACAUGGAACUCAUCUGAUCAAGUGGAAUCAUCCAGAGAGUCACCAUACGCUCACGGGGAACAGAGGAAUCAAAAGAUUAUUAAUGGUGCAUGGCAAGAAUCCCAUUCCCAUAGAUCCCUCAGCCCUGAAAGAUCCCGCCCAUCUGAACUCAUUCAUGAGCACUUCUCAACCCAGUCUAAAACACUGAAAAGAAUAAGACAUGCAUCAGGAAGAGGCUCAAAUUCCUUCCUAAAGAGGCUGCAACAUGGGCUUGCUGAGGUCACCAAGUGGAGGCCUGGUUCAGUCUAUGUUCCCCCUCGCUCAAAAAAAUAUCUACCACUUACAAUGGCUUGA